CCUCCUCUGCUUUGCAUGCAUUUCUUUCAUGUCCUGAACUGGAAGGACUAAAAAGCCUCAGCACCCACAUCAAGAAUCUCUCUUUUUCUCUCUUUUUAUCCAUGGCGGUGGCCUUAUUAUUAUUCUCUUUUGGACCCUGAAAAAGAGGCAUUCUACACUUGGUAACACAUAUCUCUAUCAACGUGUCGUCAUCAAUAACUAAUAUUUGAAACCCCCAAAUCAGCUUCUUUCUGUCAAGGCAAUCUUUCCAUUCCGCCGGCCAGCAUUGCCAGUUUCGGUUAGCAGGUUUCUCUCUGUCACUCCAUUCUGUCCACUUCAGUUUUUGGUUCAGUAGGCCGCAUGUGGGCUCAUUGAUCACAGUAGAAUUUUCUAGGAGAAGGGUCUCUCCGGUCCCCAACCCUCACUGUCAAAGUUGGGUGGAUUUGAUCAGAUUUUGUUUUCAACUGUUUUCCCUUUCGAUGUUAAAGUUUGGGGCUUUCUUUCUUUCUUUCUUUCUUCCUUCCUUUCCUUUUCUGCUGCUCAUUAUCACUGACCCUGUAUGGCUUGCAGAAUUGGUUAUUGUUGGGUGGUCUUUCUGAAUGUGUGAAAUGCAAGUUUCUGUGGGAAUAAAUAGCUUUGUCAUUUUGUUGUUUUUCUUCCUCGGUUCUUCUUCUGAAAUGGGUUUGUGGCUGAUUUGUAAAAAUUUGUUAGUCUCUUUAAGGGAGAUGGGUUGCAGACGCACUGUUUCUGGAAUUUCCUCAUGGAGAAUUGGGAGCCUCACCAGAAAUGCUUCUCCUCUUCGCAGUUCCCAGUUGCCUUUCCAACUGGAGGAUUAACCAGUUACUUGUGGGAUUUGUGUACUUGUAUGCUACCGACUUAGCUGAUUAGCUGAAAACAGGAUAAAGUGCUUAAAAAGGUAAGCUUUUCCUUCUUCCACACAUACCCCAAAAUUUAUCUGUUUUCAUGUGAAAUAACAGGAAGAGAUUAUUAGUUAGGUAAGAUCACUUUCACAGCAGAACCUCCUUCUCUGAAUUUGUAUCAUAAAAGGUUCAUUGUAAGGUUAACUAGCUGCUUCCUGUUCUUGUCCUGUAACAGCUUUGCAAACUCUCUUCUUCUGUGCGGCAAUGGUGGGGUUCCAGAAGUCUGCAGUAGUAGUCUUAGUUUCCCUGAUCAUCUUUCUUUCAACUAAUCACUCAGAGCAACUCCAGUCGUCCCAGGGUCAAACCCUCAUAAGGAUUCAACACCUUUUGAACAAUCCAUCAGUCCUAAGCACCUGGAGUAGCUCCACUGAUUUCUGCAGCCUAGAUCCCACUUCAUCUGUUACUGUGGUCUGCUACCAGGACACCAUAACCCAGCUCCACAUCAUUGGAAACAAGGGAAGAUCUCUUCUCCCUAGAAACUUCUCGAUGGAAUCUUUUGUCACAACUCUGGUCAGUCUUCCAACCCUGAAAGUCCUCACACUAUCUUCUCUUGGUUUAUGGGGUUCACUACCUGGCAAAAUCGCUCGGUUGUCAUCUUUGGAAAUUCUCAACAUAAGCUCCAAUUUUCUAUAUGAUACCAUCCCUGGAGAGCUCUCAUCACUGUCUACCCUCCAAUCACUGGCACUCGAUGAUAACAUGUUUGCUGGGGAGCUGCCACAUUGGCUUGGGUCGCUCCCGGCAUUAUCUGUUCUUAGUUUGAGGAAGAACAUGUUCAAUGGGACAUUACCUGAUUCAUUAAGCAAUUUGGAGAAUCUCAGAGUUCUUUCACUUUCACACAACUACUUUCGUGGUGAAGUACCGGACUUUAGCAGGUUGACCAACCUUCAGGUGCUUGAUUUAGAAGAUAAUGACUUUGGGACCGAGUUUCCUCAGCUGGGGAACAAGUUGGUCACUUUGGUUUUGAGCAAGAACAAGUUCAGAGAUGGACUCCCUACUGAAAUAAGCUCUUACUAUCAGUUGGAACGGCUUGAUCUCUCCAACAAUAACUUUGUGGGCCCAUUUCCGCCGUCUUUGUUGGCAUUGCCUUCUGUUACUUACUUAAACGUGGGGAGCAACAAGUUCACUGGAAUGCUCUUUGAGAACCAAUCAUGUAGUGGUGAACUGAAGUUCGUUGACUUGUCAUUCAACCUUCUAACUGGACAUCUACCUAAGUGUCUCCACUCCAAGAAAACUGUUAUAUCUGAUGGGAACUGCCUGGAAACUGGAGAUGAUCAAAGACAAAAACCGGUUUCAUUCUGUCGCAAUGAAGCCUUAGCAGUUGGUGUCAUUCCACAGAUGAAGAAUAGGGAAGGAAGAAGCUCUAAAGCAGCAAUUAUUGCCCUGGGUGUAAUUGGUGGAGUUGUUGGAGGCAUUGCACUGGUUACUUUGAUUUUCUUGUUGGUUAGAAAGGCGAGCACCUCGAAGGAAAUCAAGAAAUAUCCGACAAGGCUAAUUUUGGAGGAUGCAUCAACUGGUUACCCGUCCAAGUUGCUUCAAGAUGCAAGAUAUAUAUCUCAAACAAUGAGACUAGGAGCACUUGGCCUCCCAGCAUAUCGGUCCUUUUCGUUGGAAGAGAUCGAGGAGGCUACGAACAACUUCGAGUCAUCAGCAUUCGUCGGUGAAAGUUCUCAAGGACAGAUGUACAAGGGUAAGCUGAAGGAUGGAUCUUAUGUAGCAAUUAUAUGCCUGAAAAUGGAAAGAAGCUACAACACACAAACAUUCAUGCACCAUAUAGAGCUGAUCUCAAAGCUGAGGCACAAACAUCUGACAAGUGCUCUAGGCCACUGCUUCGAGUGCUACUUGGAUGAUUCGAGCGUCAGCAGAAUAUUUCUCAUCUUUGAACAAGUAUCAAAUGGGAACCUAAGGAGCUGGGUCUCCGAGAGGCACGCUAGGCAAAAGCUGAACUGGACACAAAGGCUGGCAGCUGCAAUUGGGGUGGCCAAAGGGAUGCAGUUUCUGCACACAGGGAUUGUGCCUGGUGUAUAUGCAAACAAUCUGAAGAUAACAGAUGUUCAGCUGGAUCAGAACCUUGUGGCAAAAAUUAGCAGUUAUAACCUGCCGUUACUUGCAGAGAUCACAGGACAGGUAGGCCACAUGACUUCUUCAGCUGGCUCCAAGAACCCUGCAAGGACCAAUCAAGAAGCGAAAGCUGACGUCUAUGAUUUUGGCAUCAUACUCUUAGAGAUCAUCGUGGGGAGAACAUUGGAAUCUAGGAACGAAGUAGAUGCUGUAAAAGACCAACUGCAAGCAGCUAUCGCAUCAGAUGCAGCGACGAGGAGAAGCAUGGUUGAUCGAGCUGUUCAAAGGGGAAGCUCCAUUCAGUCGGUGAAGACGACAAUGGAGAUCUGCAUGAGGUGCCUUAACAAGAACCCUGGGGAUAGGCCUUCCGUGGAGGACGUGCUGUGGAACUUGCAGUUUGCUGCUCAAUCUCAGAGCACCGAAGUUUCUCCUUCAUCGCCUGCACAGUUUAAUUAACAACCACGUCUCAGCACCCUGUGAUAGAAUCACGAACGCAGAAUUCUUCAAGAAAUGAGUUCAAAUAUGGCUGUACCAUGGAAUUGUCUAAAUAGUAUAUAAGCUGUAAUUUAUAUAUACAAGAUCAUCGGAGUGUACCCAACAAGUGUGUAUUAAACUAUCACCUUAAUGCAAGUCAUUUGUAAUUUUGAUGUGGACAGAUAUGGUUGUUACGUCAUCCAUUUUAGUAAUCAGAUCACGGGUUACUUCAGUAACACGCAUUCAAUAUCAAAGUUUGUUUUUCCACAAUCAUAUGUCAUUUUAUAACGUUGAAAUUCUAGACUUUAUCAUUUACCUACCGGAUUUUAUAACUAUUUGAUCAAUGUACUUAUAGGAGAAAUUUUACAAUGUUAUAUAGUAUUGGUGCUAUAGGUUUUUGCCUUUAUGGUACAACUUAAAAUUGUACAUUUACGUUAUGGUACAACUUCAGAUUGUACCUAUACUUUUUUACAAAUUCUUUUAUGGUACAACUUGAACUUGUACCUUUAUGUGAUGGUACAAUUUCAAGUUGUAAAGUUGUAUCAUAACAUAAUGGUACAAAUUGCUUUAUAGUACAACCUAAACUUAUACAUUUAAUGUUAUGGCACAACUUUGAGUUAUACAUUAAAGCACCAAUGCUAUAUAGCAUAGUAGAAGUGCUCAUUAUAUAGUAGAUCUAAGAUGUGUUUUACUAUCAUUUUAUGCUUUUUGGUAUUAUUUUAUGAUUUUCAAGAUCAAAUGUAAUUUAAAAUGAUAUGAAUUAACAAUUGGAUCAAAGAUCAAAAUGGAUAGUUACUAGAAGAUUAAGAAUGAUUAGUUCAUUAAACGAAGCCCAAUGAAGAAGUAAAUUUUAUGAAGUCUUCAUAUAAGCCUAUGAGGAAUCUAUUAGAGAAAUUUUAACCCAAACCUGGAAAGAAAACCACGCCAGCCAUAAACAGAACUUUGGCGUUUCUAUUUCAAAGUUCUCUUCAGGCCAACAUUUUAGCUCCUUGCUUGUCUAAACAAUACUUUUAGGUUCCAUAUCAAUAUGACUAUCCAUAAUAUUGGCCAAACAAUUUCACAAUUCUUUCAAUAUACAAAAACCUCACUUACUAUCAAGGUUUUCAAACUCCAAUCUUCCAUCCCACUUACACAGUCGUCGGGUGUUGAGCAUUCGAACUCGAUAGUUAAUGCAUCACUUUAAAACUUCCAAUUAAGGCCAAAGUAUAAACCUUAAUCGGGUGCAAUACAAGACAAGUAAGUUUAAAUAUCGACCCGGACCGGUUCAUGUACCCCUACUUCGAUUGUUUGUAACAUUAUCUAGCGGUUGGUUUUUGGUGAAAACAACUAUCUAUAGCUAAAGUACUUGCAAAGAUAAAUCGAUUUGACACUAAUUGAGAAGGCUUCACCUGGGUGUUGCUCCCCCUAGCUAGCAAUUACGACUUGUCAGAUCGAAUGGGUGUGUGUGGUGAGGGGGUUGUAAACCGUAGGGAAGUAUAACAAGUAGCCAAGCGCCACUCUCUUAGCCUCUAGGUCGUGGAAAGGGGAUAUGAUCCAAGCCACCAACGUGACCCUGUAGACCUAUUGACUAAGGAUUGGUUAGACUUCAUCCUCGAAUCGGAGUUCGGGCGGCCACCCACUACCAAACCCUAGGUGCUAAUACAAAAUAUGAGGUUUGCCUUGCAUUAACCUAAGUAGGGGACAAUGAAUUGCCUAAGAAAAC